AUGAGUAUAAUUGAUCAAUUAAUCGAGUACUUGAAUCCUAAGCCUACACUUUUGCGUUUUAAAUCAAUAUCUUACUCAGAGUUUACCGAUGUUAAGCAUAUUGAGCAUUUAACUGAUACGAUCGUCCAUUAUGCCAAAUAUGAGCGUAGAUUUAUAGUUUUGAUCUUUCUUGGCGAUAGCGCAGUAAGAAAGACUCGGGGCGAAGAUCGAUUUGGUUGGGUAGACUUUAAUACUCUCCAUGACAUCCAUGAAAUAGGAUGUGGCGGUUACGGUGUUGCGCUUCGUGCCCGAUGGAGUAAACCUUUUAAACCUCGCUCAGAUUCUACACCAAUUUAUGUCGUUCUAAAGAGUUUGAAUAAUUUCGAUACAAUGAAAGAUACGUUUUUUUACGAGGUUAAGCAUUUUGCUAAAUCCUUAGCUCUUGCAUUUCUUCCACUUUAUGGCAUCACACAACAACCAGAAACCGGAACUUACAUGAUGCCUUACAUGGAGCAUGAAAGUGGAAUUUUUGAUAAAUAUCGUCGAAAAUCUGAAGUCAAUCCAUAG